AUGGCAGCCGUUGAGAAACUCCGAGCAAUGCUCGCGGAUCCAGAAAAGUUUAUCGCAUGUCCCGGUGUAUACGAUGGCCUCACAGCACGUAUAGCGCUUCAAGAAGGCGUAGAUUGUCUGUACAUGACAGGCGCAGGAACAACAAUGUCGCGUCUGGGAGUCGCAGACAUGGGCAUCGCAACUUUCAACGACAUGCUCGAAAACGCCUCGAUGCUAGCCUCGCUCUCACCACGGACCCCCCUCAUCGCCGACGCAGAUACCGGCUACGGCGGGCCCGUAAUGGUUGGGCGCACAGUAUCGGCAUACAUCCGCGCCGGCGUCGCAGGCCUGCAUCUCGAAGACCAAAUCGUCAACAAGCGGUGCGGCCACCUCAGCGGCAAGCAACUCGUCAGUGUCGAGGAAUUUGAAGCCCGGAUCCGUGCUGCGCGCCUCGCGCGCGAUGAGUCCGGCGGCGAUAUCGUCAUUAUUGCGCGGACCGAUGCGCUGCAGUCGUUUGGCUACGACGAAGCGCUCAAACGGCUGCGUGCUGCCGUCGCUCAGGGCGCUGAAGUAGCGUUCCUGGAAGGCGUCACGACGGCUGAAGAAGCGAGACGUAUCUGCGUUGAUAUGGCGCCGACCCCUUGCCUCUUCAAUAACGUACCUGGCGGCGUCUCACCGGACUACAGCGUCAAGCAGUGUCGCGAGAUGGGAUACAAACUUGCCAUCUUCCCGCUGCUGGCUUGCGAGGUCAUAUACCCGGCUGUGCGCAAGGCGGUGCAGCAGAUGAAGGAACUGGGCAAUGUCAAGAGUGUUGAGGAGGACGGCAGGAGAUACGGGCCUCGGGAGUUGUUUAGGCUGUGUGGAAUGGAUGAGCUGAUUGAUUUUGAUGUCAAGGCUGGGGGGUUGGGGUAUAAGAAUGGGGCGUGA